AGCGUCUAUUUUGUACUCCCUCUGUAAACUAAUAUAAGAGCCUUUAGAUCACUAUUCUAGUAUUCUAAAUGCUCUUAUAUUAGUUUACGAAGGGAGUAGUUUGUUUGUUUGUUUGUUUGUUUCCUCUGUUUGUUUCUGCUGUUGCGUGAAUCAAUUUCUUUUGUCCUGCUGCUGCAGCGGUUUGACUCCAAUCAAUCAGUCACACUCUUCCAAAACUGCUGAUUGAUUUAUUGAUUGAUGAUGCAGUGCUGCUGCUAGCUGCCAAGACGACUCCUCCGGCUCUUCCCGGCGUCCCAGGUCACUCUGGCCUUCCUCGUGGCGCCCCCGCUCCGUCGCGCGCUGAAUAAUGGGGCCUGGGGGCACAGGAGCACGCCAUCUCCGCGCCGUCGCUGCUGCCGCGGAGAGCCUCUCCCAUAGACAACGGCUAAGCACAUGAUCGCAAACACGCUCUGUUUUGGGAGCUGAUCGGGAUUCAGCGGCCAUGGCCAAGAUGAGCUGCUUCUCCAUCCUGCUCACCGGCCGGAGGCAGAAACGAGUGGUUGGUGAUGCCGACAAGGGUGGUGGAACUGAGAGCGAUCGCGCCACGGUGAAGCCGGUGGCGGUGGAGUGUACUGACGCGCCGCCGGCGGUUGCCGCUGCCAUGGUGGAGAAAUGCGGCGACAAGAUCGUCGCCGAUGUGGUCAUCGUGGUGGCGCACAAGGGCGCCAGUGAGGUGUCGCCAGCAAGAUCGGACAGUCUGUCUGACGACAUUGAUUUCGAGUUCCACCCGCAGCACAAGUCCGUCGGCUUCGACGUCCAGGGACCGGAGAAGCAUGCCACUGGCACCGUGCCGGACGCGCGUCCGGUGGCCGCGAGCGCCGGGGAGGAGGCCGCGACGGCGGUGGUGGAGGAGGCUGCGGCAGCGGAGGUGGAGGUGGACCCGUCGGCGAAGCUCAAGCGCUCGUGCUCCAACAUGGAGACGAAGCGGCCUGGCCCGAGGGACUCCCCGGGCACGCGGGUGCGGUCGCGCUCCUACGGCGACCUGCCGGGCGACCUCCUCGUGGUCACCACCCCGCGGCGCGCGCACGAGGCGAGCCCCAAUGCGUCGGUGAAGACGUCGCGCACCGCCGACGGCGUUAUGCUCAAGCGGCGGUCGUCUAGCCAGGUGUUGCCGUCGCGGAGCCGGAAGCUGUGGUGGCGGCUCUUCCUCUGGAGCCACCGCAACUUGCACCGGCCCUGGUCGGCGCGCCCAAGCGACGCUGGCACUCCCCGCGGCGGGUACACGUCGGACACGCUCGAGGAGCCGGCCGACCGCAAGAAGAAGAAGGCGAUGGUGGACGAGUCGCCGGCGCAGCCGCCAUCGCAGAACCAGUGGGUCGCCUUCUGCGCCGACCACUCCCUGAGCGACCGCGUCAGCGACUGGGUGAGCAGCAUCGACAACAGCGGGUGCCUCCGCAUCGCCGAGGAGGAGGACGACGGUGGCGACCAGAGCAUGGACCUCACCGACGACCGCGUGGCGCGUCCGCGUCCCAUGGAGGCCGGGGAGACGUCGGGUAAGGGGGGCCACGGCAAGCUGGCCAAGCCGUGCGCGGCGGCGGACGACGUGGCCCAGGCCAACAGCAUCGUCCAGUCCCUCAACGGCUUCUCCUCCGUGGCGCACAUCUCCGGGAUGGGCCUCAAGGUCGUGCCCAUGAUCGCGCCCUUCUCCAACCUCCGCGCCGUCAACCUCUCCGGCAACUUCAUCGUUCAUAUCUCCCCCGGAUCGCUGCCGAAGGGCCUGCACACGCUGGAUCUGUCGCGGAACAAGAUCGCCAACGUCGAGGGGCUCCGGGAGCUGACUAAGCUGCGCGUGCUGAACCUCAGCUACAACCGGAUCUCGCGCAUCGGCCACGGGCUGUCGAACUGCACGGCGAUGAGGGAGCUGUACCUGGCGGGGAACAAGAUCGGCGACGUGGAGGGGCUGCACCGGCUGCUGAGGCUGGCGGCGCUGGACCUGGGCUUCAACAGGCUCACCACGGCCAAGGCGCUGGGCCAGCUGGUGGCCAACUACCACUCCCUCCUGGCGCUCAACCUGGUGGGCAACCCCGUGCAGGCCAACGUCGGCGACGACGCGCUGCGCAAGGCCGUCACCGACCUCCUCCCGCAGCUGGCCUACCUCAACAAGCAGCCCCUCAAGCCGCGGGAGGCGGCCACUGACAGCGUCGCGCGCGCGGCGCUCGGCACGGGAGGGCGCAGGAGGGGGGCGCCGCGGCGCCUGAGCCAGAGCCCCGGGUCGUCGUCGUCGUCGUCGUCCAGGAGCAGGUCCAAAGGCAGGCAGCACCACGGCUCGAGCAUGACGGCAAGGAAGUGAACGAUGAUCAACUCUUCUUUUUACUCCUAGAAGAAGAAGGAAGGAAGGCCUCGGCCCCGACGGCAGAGGACACUGCCACAUUGGUAUCCAUCGGUCCUCGCCGGCCGCUUCACGGAGCGUCGCCGCCGUCCUGCUGAUCACUCUGGGAGUUGUGUGGACUCGUAGAUGGUUGGAAAUCAUGCGUUUGGGAGCAUCCAAGGUGUAUAUUAUUUAGCCCCAAGAAAUUUGCGAGGGUUUGGAGUUUGCCAUAAGAACUACCGGUACGGAAGGAAGCACUGGCGUGGGUUGGGCGACGCUCUCGGACAAGAAGGGUGAGACGUCAGUUGUCGUUGAGGGCAUUCGGUUGCUCUACCUCUUCGACGGAUAUUAGCAUUCCCUUGAGAACGUGAACUUGGGGAUACAUCUAUGUCUCCAUCAUUUUGGUUA